AGAGGUGGGUCUUCAGUCGUCGUUUUAAACCUCGGGGUAAAAGUGGAUGCUGACCUCAAGCUUGACAGCCAAGUCAGGGCGGUUGUUAAAUCAAGUUUUUAUCAUUUGAGGCAGCUGGCCAAAAUAAAGCCAAUUCUUUCAAGGCAACAGUUCGAGAUUGUAAUCCAUGCCUUUAUCACCACUCGGCUGGAUUAUUGCAAUGCCCUCUAUGUGGGGGUUAGUGCUUCCUCCAUCUCCCGUCUCCAGAUGGUUCAGAAUGCUGCGGCACGUCUUUUAACCGGCACACGCAAGCAUGAGCACAUUUCCCCCAUUUUAGCCUCACUCCACUGGCUGCCCAUACACUUCAGGAUUCAUUUUAAAAUUAUUUUAUUUGCUUUUAAAUCCCUGAGUGGUCUUGCCCCGCCGUACCUCUCUGAGCUUCUACACCCCUACACACCUACUCGCUCUCUCCGGUCAGCUGAUCAGCUGCUCCUGAGAGUGCCUAAAACUAAGCUGAAGCUCAGAGGGGACCGCGCCUUCGCUGUUGCAGCUCCAACACUAUGGAACGACCUGCCUCAGCACAUCAGACAGGCCUCCUCUCUGUCUGUUUUUAAAUCCCUCGUAAAAACCCACCUCUUCUCCUUGGCUUUUGACUCUUACACCGAGAAUGUGUCACUUUUCAGGGUUUCCUACGGUUUCCUGCCGGGCGUUCCCUCUCCCUCUCGCUCGCUCGCUCGCUCGGCAUCUUCCUCCCCCUCCCCCUCCCCCUCCGCGACUCCCCGCCCGACCUUCCGGGGACCCGGUUUCACCCAGGCCCCCAUGACUCCCUGCUCAACCUUUGGGGGACCCGGCCACACCCAUGCUCCCGUGACUCCCCACCUGACCUUUGGGGGACCCUGCCACAACCACGCUCCCGUGACUCCCCACAUGACCUUUGGGGGACCCUGCUACACCCAGACUACCUCGUCUCCCCGCCCGACCUUAGGGGGACCCGACUACACACAGGCUCCCGUGACUCCCUGCUUGACCUUUGGGGGACCCGGCUACACCCAGGCUCCUGUGAAGCCCUGCCCAACCCCUGGGAAGACAGGAAUUACUCAGGCUCCCGUGACACCCCACCCGACCACUGGGGGACCCGGCUACACCCAGGCUCCUGUGAAGGCCCGCCCGACCCUUGGGAAGCCAGAAAUCACACAGGCUCCAGUGACUCUAGGCUCCCAGUCUCCAGGGUCCCCCCCAUAG